AGAACAUGUACAUUAGAUUAUAAGAGCCAUAAGAUAAUGCUAGUAAAAUUGAUACAUUGAAAUGUACAAAAUCAGAUAAACGGAACUGUUAUUGAUUUAAUAAAUGGACAACAUGAAACAGUUAUAGUAUUAGGUAAACAUCCAUUAUGGAACAAUAAAUAUCCUAAGGAAAACUAAGAUAUGCAACUGAAGUCAUAGUAUCAUAGUUAUUAUGACAUCACAAUGUAAAAUGAGCUAACAAUAAUGUCUACACUGAUGGCCCAAGUAUACGGAGGGUCGAGCCAGAUGGGGCGUCUUCUACAGCAAGAACAGCGACUCCUAGGACGCGAGAUGAAAGGUGAAUCUCUGCCAAAUAUAAAACAAACUCAUGAUGUCAAAGACUCUGAGUUCAACAAUAAUGAUGUCACAAUGAAGUCACAAAGUUAUCAUUUUGCAGAGGAUUUCUUUCGCAAGGAACCUUGUUUGUAUAGCCAUAAUGUAUUUAUGAAAGCCGGGCAAGUUUUUGCUUCGUUACGUCAUGAAGCGAAAGAGGAAAAUGCCCUUAUAAGGAAAAGACAGGAACAAUCAGAUAGACAGCAAAUCAAAUUGCCAGAUAUAGAUUUUGAAUCUGAGGGAGAGAAAAGACUCGUCUUCGAUCUGGCAUUUAGUGCUUUAAAAUACCAAGACCUUCUUGAAGUGAUGCUAGAUGACUGCGCAUUCUUCAGUCUUUACUCAGAGUUCAAGGAUGAUGAGGGCAUCGUCAUGGUGAUGUUAUAUGACUUCCAACACCGCAAGUUCCAGCAACGGACCCCUCUCCGGCACGAGAUCCUGGAUGAUGAACUAACCGACAUAGAAAAAGCUUUAAACAAAUGUAAAACAAAAAUGAAUGCCUCAUUGGCUCGCAAUAGGAUCAAAUCAUCUGCCCUGUCACUUGAUCAUUUACUCCCUGAUAAUGUCAGAAAGAAUGAAGAAGUCUCCGUAUCUUUGCCAAUAUUUGCCUGGGUGAACCUCAUCAAAACAAGUGUGUCCCUUAUACUUGAUUCAUUCCGUGAUGAGGGUUUCACGGUGGUUGGACCCGAAGACCCCUUCAACAAGAGAACACUGAGUGUAGACCCCCACUGUAAUGAUGUCCUCGUAUUCUCAUCAAUUGAUCGAGAAUUUUUGAUGGACCAUGUGCUUGUAAGAGAGGGACACCUUAUCCUACAGGACAAGUCUAGUUGUUUAGGUCCACAUUCUAUCAAGGCCUUACUGAAUGACGGAGAUGAUGUUUUGCAUGUAAAUGUAGGGUCAGGAGCUACAACUGCCCACCUCUCCAGCCUCACCCAGAACACUGACACAAACAUUGUUGGCCUGGGGGUCAAGUCUGACAAACACCUGAGGGAAAUAAAGCAUAAAUUGUCUCAUCUGGGAGCCAAAAAUGUUAAAAUGUACAGUGAUGACAUUGCUGAUAUUGAGGCUGACGACCCCCGAUUUAAACAUAUCAAGAUAGUUCUGAUGUCCGCAGAGUGCAGUCGAAGUGGGAUAACCAAUCCUGUCGACUUUAUCGUCAAUGAAGGCGAAGAUAUGACAAUUCUGAAGGAUCUCUCCAAAGGCCAAGUGGAUGAUGAGAAAAUAGGAGAACUGGUAGUAAAGCAUAACACACAGUUGAGGAAUGCCAUGAAAUUUCCAAAAGUGCAAGCUGUUGUGUAUACAACUCGCUCUGUCCACGAUGUUGAGAAUGAUGUUGUUGUUGGCAGGGCAACAGAAUAUGUAAACAUGACAACAAAACAGACUCCAUUCAGAGUUGUCCCCCCUGUGUUACCCCUUGCUGAGAAGGACAUUGAAGAUGAGGGGGCAUUAGUAGGAAAGUAUCUGAAGUUUCAACCUACAGAGAGAAUGAGUGGCUGUUUUCUUGCUGUCAUUUCAAGAGAGGCUGAGGAUCCAAAAGAAGCCGCUAAAGACAUCCUAGCUCGGGCAGCGGCACAGGGUCUACUUGGGAGUUCACAGGACACUGGCAAGAAGUCCCAAAGCCAAACAAGAUCAACUAAAUCUGGAAGGCUUUUACGUAAAAAGAGCGCUCCUAGACGUGCUAAAAGUCUCCACCAUCCCCGCUCUAGCCCUACACAUAAACCUGAACCACCAGCAGGAGCUUUGGGAUCCGCCACGGCAACACCAACAACCACGAAAAGUCUCCAUAAGCCAAAGAUCCCAAAGAUGUCAGUUGGUUCAAUAAGUCAACGUUUAUAUAACACUAAUAGGUCUAGAAACCCUCACAGUAUCGCCAAUCCAACCUCUAAGACCUCCACACCAGAGCAUGUUCGCAUCGUUCAGCAUCCUAAACCAUUCAGUUUCCCUGAACCAGAAAGGACCUAACCUGCUAACCCGCUAACCAGUGUACCUAAACUCCAGCGUGUGGAACUCACAGCCGUCUCAUGCUAAUAAUGAAAUCACUUUUUAUUCUCUGCAAUGGACUCGGAAAAGUGGUUGCCAAUUGGGCAAUGGAAUUAUUAUCAAACAGACAUAUUGUGGCAAUCAUUUGAACUUUGGAUAGAACCAUGGUAAUAUCUAAUACAUAAUAAAGGAUUUCAGUAAAAUAAAAUACAAUAUGCAUCGUAUGAUGGAUUAAUCUAAUGAAUAACCAAUGCAAUAAAAUGUACAUUUUCAAUUAAAUUAAAUCUGAAAACCUGGACUUAAUUGAACAUCUGUUAACCAACAUUAGCUAACCAACAAUAC